AUGGAGGACCUAUUCUACGCUCUUGGCAUCCUCCUUUCUGGAUCACUCAUCGUUCACUACUCCUCGCAGUUUGGUAUCUCACUAUGGAGUAUCUAUUUCGUUGUGGCUCAAAUGUGGCCCUUUAUGAGUGAAUUCCAGCCGUGGGACCCGGUCCAAGACGAAAUAGACGAGGCUAUCAAUGGUACCAUAUUCGAUGGCUUGCCGUCGUUGUGUGACGCAGCUGGUGGCCUGUUUUCAAGGAAGAAAAAAGGAGGAGGCGGCAGGGGCGGAGGCGGCGGAGGGGGCGGAGGGGGUGGAGGGGGCGGGAAGGGGGGGAAGAGUGGAAAACAAAGGCAACAUGGGAUUUGUCCCGACGACGGCUGGAAGGGCGAUCCGCUGGCCAUGACCAUCGUCUCGGGUCUCUACACGGUCGUAUGUAUCCUCCUGCUCCUGUGGGUAUUCUACAUAUUCGCAAGGGUUGUGCGGCUUGGCCGCCGGCAACAAGGGUCCGCCAUCAGGACCGUGCUGCACAUGACGGCCAACAGGCUCGCCACACCUGCAAUCGCCGCGUCCCUCUUGCUGGCCUGGUACAUGGUCUGGGGCUACUGGACAUGGUUCUCCCAGUGCAGGCCCACGAGCAACAUAAGCUAUCUCAACUUGGCCAACGCGAUGCUGCUCACCGUGCCGGCGGCGAUCAUAACCGUGGCGUGGUUGGUGGGGACAGGUUGCGAGAUUGCCCACCAUGUUAGAAGUGAGCGUCAGGAUGACAUACCAUUACCUAACUUGGGCCCUCGCCGGCGAGACCGACCUCGGGAACCAGUGGACGUGCAGGCCAUCGCUGACCUGCUGGGCGCCAGGAGAAGGCGCGUUGUAAGUGUAAUCUUGUCCUUCUGCGGUCCCCAUUCUUCUGCAGGGGCGGCAGCAGGAGCGGCGGCAGGAGCAGGAGCUGGAGCUGGAGCUGGAGCAGGAGCUGGAGCAGGAGCUGGAGCUGGAGGUGGUGGAGGAGCUGGAGCAGGAGGUGGUGGCGGCGGAUGA